AUGACUACACCGGAAGUUCAACAAGCAAUCAAACCUUGCACUAUCUUGUUUCAACUGCACAGGACUCUUGUCGAGAUUCCGUCCGUCACUCUAUAUGAACUAGAGGUUGGCCAGGUGCUUGAAGCUCACUUAACUUCAAGAGGGCUGACAGUGGAUCGUCAGCAAGUCUCUGAGGAUAGAUUCAACCUUUUGGCAUAUAAAGGUGCGGUGAAUGAAACACGAGUGUUGCUGGUAUCUCAUAUCGAUACAGACGGUUAUCAGAUCUAUGGUCGUGGGUCGGUUGAUGAUAAAGCAUCGGUCGUUGCACAGACGUUUGCCUUCUUGGAGCUGCUUGACACAUUGGGAGAAGGCAGUGUGUCUAUCUUAUUCGAUGUUGGUGAGGAAGCAGGUGGUGCAGGCAUCAAUUACAUAGAGGCAAAUAUCGAUUACCAUUGGGACACUGUGAUCUUUGGAGAGCCUACAGAGUUGAAGCUAGGCGUGGGACACAAGGGUGUCUACGGUGGCUCCCUCAAAGUCAAUGGUUUGGCAGCCCAUUCCGGAUAUCCAGAGCUUGGAAUCGAUGCCAACGGGAUACUGAUCGACAUCCUGUCCAAUUUAAGAGGCAUUGAAUGGCCAAGUGAUGAGCUCUUGGGCAAUACAACCCUAAACGUUGGUGUUAUCGAAGGAGGUGCUGCUGCCAAUGUCAUCUCCGCCAAUUCCAGUGCACAGCUGCUCUUCAGAGUGACCAAUGGUAUCGAUUUGAUCGAUGCUUUGGUGCAAGACGCAAUUGACAGAACUGGCCAUUCAGACCGUGUUGAGUUUACAGGCACUCAUAAACUACCACCUGUAUACUUCGACUACGACGUUGAAGGGUUCGAAAGCAUAGUCCUGGCUUACGGAACAGAUGCAUUUGGACUAGCAAAGAAGCAAAUCCCACACAAGCUGCUAUACGGGCCUGGCACCAUCCAUGUUGCCCACAGUGCUACUGAGCACAUCUCUACUGAUGACCUCCUCGAAGCAGUUCAAGGAUAUAAAUCUCUGAUCAAAUGGGCCUUAGAACAGUAA